AUGGUAGAUUCUGGUCAAGAAGCAGCCGCGAUAGCUUCUCAUAACCUAGAAAAUGAUAUAGAAGUUCAUAUUCAAGGAAAAGAACAGAAUGCUACUUUGACGAAAGAGACGAAAAAUGACAGGUCGUCAGAUCCUUCAGAAAACGAACGUAAAAACGAAACUGCUUCUAAUGAGAAAACAUUAGGAGACUUUUCAAAGGAAACUAAGGAAAUGAAUACCCGUGGAGUCGGUAAUGAUGACAACACAAGGAAUGAGAAGGAUCAGUCGAAGACAGGGCUCAAUGACUCAGUCAAUGAAGCAGAGAAAACAAAUCAUAACACCGAAUCAGAAAAAGAGAAAAUUUCUGGUGAUUACAAUGUAGCGUCUGAGGAUGUCAACCCAAAACCUUCCGCUUCAAACGAUGUCGAAGAACAAUCCCAAUUUGAGACAGAUAACGCUGAUGCAACUGAAGAUAUUCCCAUACAUGAACCCAAAGUAGAUAUUCAACCAAAUGCCAGGCAUCCAGCCAAAACACCGGAUGUAAAGGUUGACGAAGAAGAGUCUGAAUCACAAAGUGAGGUGGCCAGCCAUUUAGCCAGGAAAUCGACUGCCGAUAGUGAACGACACGAACGUCCUGAAGAGGUAACCCGGCCAACGUUCCAGAAUUCAGGAAAACUCAAUCCACACCUCUUUAUUAUAGACGCAUUUAAGCAAAUGUCCAAAGCUAAAUCUUUGAAGAAACACAGAAAACUCCGCGAAUCUAUCGAUAAUGUGCAAACUGAACUGCAAAAACAACCCUUUUUACUCCCUGAAACUAUCCUUGACCCACUUGUAAUGGCUUGCGAAACAAAUAGCGCUACCCUGCUAACAAUAACUUUGGAUUGCUUUGCGAAAUUAAUUGACUACAACUAUUUUGAUACCCCUGCUGUUAAUUCUCCAGAGAUGUCACUGAUGGAACGAGUUGUUAAUACCAUCGCUUCAUGUUUUUUUGGUGACUCUACUCCCGAAAAAGUUCAAUUACAAAUUAUUAAGGCUUUGCUUGCAGCUGUAACUUCUCAGCGAACUUUAAUUCGCCAUUCAUCUUUACUUUUGGCAGUGAGACAGACGUAUAAUAUUUUUCUUUUAUGUAAAAACCCUACCAUACAAGCCACAGCCCAGGUUGCUAUAAUGCAGAUGGUGGAUUCUGUUUUUAGUCGACUAUCCGGCGAGCUUCAUCAACAGGAAGAAGUCGAUGCAGCGACUCCUUCUAAAACUACAGUUGAGCAAUUAGCUGUUCCAGAACCGAAUGAUGUCUUAACCGCUGAUCCUCCUGAAAGCAAACUCACAUUGGAGUCCUUCGAACAGCGUAAAAGUUUCGAUCAAGUAAGAGAAGAAGCACCAUUGGAGGAAGAAACCCUGGAACAGCAACUUUUAAGAGAUGCCUUUUUGAUUAUUCGCGCUCUUUGUAAACUGUCAAUUAAGCCCGUUCCUUAUGAAAAUGACUAUGAUUUGAAAUCACACUCGAUGCGUUCUAAGUUGAUGAGUCUUCACUUAAUUUACCGCAUCCUCCAUAAUCACAUGGACAUUUUCUCGAAUUCGAGUAUAAUGAUAAAAUCUCCUUCGUCUCCUUCUACACCAUUAAUACAAGCUGUUAAGCAAUAUAUCUGUCUGUCUUUAGCAAAAAAUGUUGUCAGUCAUGUUCUUCCGGUUUUCGAGAUUUCAUGCGAAAUUUUCUGGCUUGUUUUAUCUGACCUAAAGAACAUAAUGAAAGCUGAAUUAGAAGUUUUCUUUACUGAAAUAUUUUUUCCCAUUCUUGAGAUGAGAUCUUCCAGUAAUCAGCAGAAGAUUGUUCUGUUAAAUGUUUUUCAUCGAAUUUGCAAAGAACCGCAAACUCUUAUCGAGUUAUACUUAAAUUACGAUUGUAUUAGUGGAAACUCUGAAAAUAUAUAUGAGCGUAUCAUCGUCACGUUAGCGAGAAUUGCGAGCCAGAAAACUGUUGCACCUCCUUCUGGAUUUAGCUUUAAACCGGAGCAUGCUGUUAUCGACAGGGUGGGAUUCGUGUAUAACGACUUGAAGGAUCUUCCGCAACUAAGUAUUUCUUUUAUAGGAGUUUAUUCCCAUCUCCAUGAUCCUCCUUUCUUUGAUUAUCAGAUUAAAUUGAAAUCAUACAAGUGCCUCAAUUCCGCACUUUCUUCCCUAUACGGCUGGUGUAACCAAAAUUUCGACUCGAGUGAUUCUUCAAAUCAUUAUAAUACAGAUAACCUUACACCUACUAGAUUAGAUGAAAGUCAAAGAAGCACUUCUGAUGUCUCUUCUGUUCGAAAUAAUGACACAUCAACAGAGAACUUCGAUACGUCUGCUACAACUUUAGCGAUUGAUGAUCCCUCCCAAUUUGAAAGCUUGAAGCAUCAUAAAAAGCUAUUACAAGAAGGGAUACAAAAGUUUAAUUACAAACCGAAGCAAGGAAUGAGGUUCUUGCUUUCAAGACACUUAAUUGAAUCCGACUCUGCAAGCAAUAUCGCUAGUUUCCUCUUGGAUACCGAAGGCCUGAACAAGGCUGCCGUUGGUGAAUAUUUGGGAGAAGGAAAUGAGGAGAAUGUUGCUAUCAUGCACGCAUUUGUUGAUAAAAUGAGCUUCAAAGAUGUAGGAUUUGUAAAUGCUCUUCGCUCAUUUCUUCAAAAAUUUCGCCUUCCUGGAGAAGCGCAAAAAAUAGAUCGCUUUAUGUUAAAGUUCGCGGAACGAUACGUUGACGAUAACUUGGGUACGUUUAGGAAUGCUGAUACGGCUUAUGUGCUGGCUUAUUCUAUCAUUAUGCUCAACACAGACCAACAUUCUCCGCAAGUUAAACAGCGUAUGACUUGUCAAGAUUUCAUUCGGAAUAAUAGAGGUGUUGAUGAUGGCGCAAACUUAAGUGAUGAGUUUUUGGUCGACGUGUAUGAUGAUAUUCAAAAAAAUGAAAUUGUAAUGAAGGACGAGCAGGGAGCUUCUAUUUACAAUUACUUCCCUACCCAUGCUAGUGUUGGGUUUGCUGCAAACAUUAGUAAUGCUUUAGCUACUGUCGGUCGAGAUUUACAGAGAGAGGCUUACUAUAUGGCAUCAAAUGAGAUGGCUAAUAAAACUGAAGCAUUAUUCAAGGAUUUAAUAAAGGAACAAAAGCAGAAAGGUAAACUUACAGCCAAUGAUAUUUAUUACACCGCAAGGCAUUUUGAACAUGUCGGUCCUAUGUUUGAAGCUGUUUGGAUGCCUAUUUUGGCAGCAUUAUCUGAGUCCGUGCAAUUAUCUUCUGAUGCUACAUUAAUUCAGUUAUCUCUUGAGGGUUUUAGACGUGCAGUGGAUAUUAUUUGCGUCUUUUCCAUGGACUUACCCAGGAAUGCUUUUAUACAAACUCUCACAAAAUUCACUCAUCUCAACAAUAUUUCAGAACUUCAGCGAACAAACAUGGAUGCAUUGAGGGCUUUGCUCGACAUAUCUUUAACACAUGGAAAUCAAUUAAAAGAUUCUUGGAAGGAUAUUCUGCUUUGUAUAAGUCAACUUGAACGAGUUCAGCUAAUAACAGCUGGAGUGGAUAAAAACUCAAUCCCUGAUAUAAAUUUAACGAAAUUUAGGCCUCGUUCUAUUGAUAAAGGACACCGUUCUUUACGAAGUGGUAGCAUUCCUCAUAGAUCAAAUUCAACCGCUUCUGUUAAACCACCUUCUCUGGAAGUCGCCAAGGAGUACAGUUCCCGUGAGGUGGUAAUGGCUGUCGAUAUGGUGUUCUCAAAUACACGUGCUUUAGGAAGUGAAGGUAUCUAUGAUUUCGUAAAAGCCCUUAUUGGAGUCUCAUGGGAAGAAAUAGAAUGCUCGCUAGAGUUGGCGACCCCAAGACUUUUUAGUUUACAAAAGCUCGUGGAAAUUUCAUAUUAUAACAUGGGCCGUAUUCGUAUGGAGUGGUCUAGCAUUUGGUCACUGUUAGGAAAUUACUUUACUCAAGUAAGCUGUCACGAAAAUUCAAUAAUUGCAUCCUUUGCUUUGGAUUCGCUUCGUCAAUUUUCCAUGCAAUUUUUGGAGAUUGAAGAACUUUCCCACUUUAAGUUUCAGAAGGAUUUUUUGCAGCCAUUUAAGCAUGCAAUGGAUAAUUGCCAAGAUUUAAAAAUCAACGAUCUUGUCUUACGCUGCGUCGAUCAGAUGGUUAAAGCUCGUUAUCAAAACAUAAAAUCUGGUUGGGGCCCUAUUUUUCAAAUAUUAGCAUCCGCCAGUAAAAUUCAUAACGCGUCUGUUUUACAAUAUGCAUUAUCUAUUGUAUCCUCUAUCUAUAAUGACCAUUCAAGAUGUGUGUUUUCACAAGGUGCUUAUUCUGAAAUGGUUGCGUGUCUUUCUAAAUUUUCGUUGUUGGGUGGUAAUCAGAAAUUCUGCUUAGUUAGCCUCGACAUGCUGAAAAAUUUGGAGGGACAUGUUAUAGAGAAUUGUGAGAGUGAGAAUGUGCCCGUGUUUUCUUCGAAAUCUGAAAAGCUUUAUUGGUUCCCUUUACUACUUGCAUAUAGAGACAUUAUUAAAGAAGCUCCAGAUCUGGAAGUGCGCUCAAGAGCCGUCAAGCUUAUAUUCAACUGUCUGGAUCGACACGUAGCCGAUUUUGAUACUGAAUUUCUAAAUAAGUUGUCCUUGGAUAUUGUUUUAUCCAUAUUUUCGAUCGUUUCAAUCUCAAAUUUUCAAAGGUUAUAUAUGGCAAAAAAUACCGAGGAAACAGAUGUAUGGAUCCUUACAACUAUGGUAGAAGCCUUGCGAGCUUUCAUUGAAAUUUUCACAAGGCAUAUGGAAAGACUUCGUAGUCAGCUGCCGAAUGUCCUUUCCUUACUUCAGAAAUGUAUAUGCCAAGAAAACAACAUGCUAUCUAAGGUUGGGAUUAGUUGUUGCUUGCAGUUGAUUCAGAAAAACCGAAAGCAAUUUAAUGGGACAGAUUGGGAUGAAGUCGUGCGCUGCAUCAGCGAUUUAUUUAAACGUACAUUGCCAGUCGAACUCCAAGAUCAUUCUUUGUAUCCACAGACAGGUACUGAAUCAACCGAUGAAGAAGCUGAAACCAACUCCGUAUUUUCUGGCGAACUCAGCAAUAUAAACAAGCAGGGGAAAUCGAAAAAACAACAAUUAAAGAACAUCGUUGUUAAGUGUACAUUACAAUUGCUAAUGAUAAACUGUUUGUGGGAGCUUGCGCAUUUCGACAACAUUCUUUCAGAUAUACCAAAGGACAAAGUUUUGGUACUUUUGGAUCUGCUGGGUGAAUCAUGGAAGUUCGCAGAAUCAUUCAAUUCAGAUAUUGGAAUUCGUGCAAAGAUUCUGUCAUCCGGGAUAGUGGACCAUAUGCCGAACCUUCUAAGCCAAGAAGCCUCCUGUGCAAAAUUGUUUUUAUAUAUUAGCUUCCAAUGUAUUUCCUCCUUGAGGAAAUCUAGUGACAACGAACCUGACUUUGAAAAGUUUAGUAAUGCCUUCCAACAGAAGAUUUCAGAUGCUUCUAAAUUAAUCAUCCGUGGAUUUCAGAGAGUUAUUUUUGACAAUCCUGUGAAGGGUGUUGCCGCGUUCCAGCCCGUCAUCACUGGUUUAGUUGAGUAUAUAAUAUCUUUAGAAGACACUCAGUUUAUACGAGGGCGCAAGGAAUUUUACGAUCUUUUCUGUAAUAUCCUUGCUUGCGGACAUAUUGAUAGAGCAUUAGGAACCUCAAUGAGUAAGUUCUUUAAGCGAUAUGCUGAAUUCGAGCAAUAA